AUGAAUCGACUCUUCGGUACAAAAAGCGCGGCUCCCAAGCCCACGCUAGAUGGUGCAAUCUCAAAGGUUGACGACCGCGUCGCCAGCAUCGAUGUGAAGCUCAGUGCGCUCAACUCCGAGCUCUCCGCCUAUCAGGCGAAGCUCUCCAAGAUGCGCGACGGACCCGGCAAGAACGCUCUUCGGCAAAAGGCUCUCAAAGUGCUCCAGCGACGAAAACAGUAUGAAGCUCAGCGAGAUCAGCUCGCUCAGCAAUCCUGGAACAUGGAACAGGCCGGCAUGAUGCAAGACAAUCUCAAGAACGUGAUGACGACCGUCGACGCCAUGAAGACCACCACAAAGGAGCUGAAAAGGCAAUAUGGCAAGGUGGAUAUCGACAAGAUCGAGCAGAUGCAGGACGAGAUGGCCGAUCUGAUGGAGGUCGGUAAUGAGAUUCAGGAGAGUAUCUCGCGGGCGUACGAUCUGCCGGAGGAAGUGGAUGAGGCUGAUCUUGAUGCGGAAUUGGAGGCGCUGGGUGAAGAGUCCAUGUUUGAGACUGAGAUGGGUGCCGACGCGGUCCCCAGUUUCUUGCAAGACGAGGUUGUGCCGCCACAGUUCAUCGACGAGCCGCCAGAGCAAACCAAGGUCAAGGAGGCGGCCGGCGGGAUCGGCUAA